UUAUAUACUGGAAAAGAUCUUGCAAGCCCCUGCCUGGCUAAAACUGGGUUUCAAGGACAUUAAACUGGGAGCACAGUGCACUGGACAUGUGAUGCUGAAAGAAAUUUGUCCACCAUGUUGCAGAGAGCAAGGGGUCAGAAAGGAAAGGGAGAAAAAAAAGACUUCUCCACCACUCACUGCCUCCACUUUCGCUUCCUCACACUGCACCAAAGUGCUUGGAUCUCAGCCAUCUGGACACCAACAAGUACAGGACCCUACAGAGAGGACACUCAUACUCGUCUCCAGUGACUGCAGAUGCCAACAGAGAUUUUCUCUGUCUCAUUCACCCCAAAGCCGCAGGAUUGGAAUAAUCUACCUAUAAAUGCCAGUCUGUCUGAUCGUUAAUCGCACAACUGUCCAGGCUUCAAACUGCAGAGGGGGACGUGCCCGAAACACCACACCAGGGAGACGUCUAGGAGGCAUCCUAACCAGAUGCCCAAGCCACCUCAUCUGGCUCAUCUCGACACGGCGCCAAGCCUCUCAGCUAGAGAGCUACAUACAGGACAGUAUGAAGCAGGACAUGGUUCAAAUCCAACAGACAGCUGUACACAACCACACAGCAACGAUGAUUGAAAUAGGAACAAACCUGCUGAGUCAAACUGCCGAGCAAACAAGGAAACUGACCAACGUGGAAGCACAGGUAAUUCAUCAAACAACUCGACUAGAGCGGCAGCUCCUUGAGAAUUCCUUGUCAACCAACAAGUUGGAAAAAGAACUAAUUGUCCAAACAAACGAAAUUAACAAGCUGAAUAACAAAAACAGUUACCUGGAGAAAAAGAUGGAAGUGAUGGAGGAGCAGCGACAGGUGGAGUUGAAGAUGCUUCGAGACGAUAAGGAGCAGCUUCAGACUCUAAUACUGAAGCAGACCUCCCUCAUAGGUGAGCUGGAGCAGCAGCUGCUCAAAGUCUCCUCCAACAACACUGUCCUACAGCAUCAGCAGCAGGAGCUGCUGGACACCGUCAACAACCUCAUCCACACUCUCUCCGUUGGCUCAGUACCAGACACCAAACCCGUUAUGAUGCAGGACACUCCCUCCACUUUCACAGAUUGUGCUGCUGUCUACAAGUCAGGAAACACUCAAAGUGGAGUCUAUACGCUCACGUUGCCCAACACCACAACAGAAGUUAAGACUUUCUGUGACAUGGAGACAGACGGAGGUGGCUGGACAGUCCUACAAAAACGCUUUGAUGGCCGCGUUGACUUUCACCGUACGUGGCAAGAGUACAAAAAGGGGUUCGGAGAAGCUUCAGAUGAAUUCUGGUUAGGAAAUGAAUUUGUCUCUCGACUGACAAAUCAACAAUCCUACAAACUGAGAAUCCAACUGAGCGACUGGGAAGGAAACUCUGGAUUUUCACAAUAUGACCAGUUUUCUGUGGACAGUGAGGCACAAAAUUACAGGAUACACCUUAAAGGCUACAGUGGAACAGCAGGCAAAAUAAGCAGCAUCGGGCAGCCAGGAAGUGAUUUUAGUACAAAGGACGCAGACAAUGACAAAUGUGUUUGCAAAUGUUCGCAACUGACAACAGGGGGUUGGUGGUUUGAUGCCUGUGGUCCUUCAAAUUUGAAUGGAAUGUACUACCAACAAGGCCAAAACUCAAACCGCUUCAAUGGAAUCAAAUGGUACUACUGGAAAGGCUCUGGCUACUCACUGAAGUCAACUACAAUGAUGAUCAGACCAGCUGACUUCACAGGUCUCCUAUGAACUGACAGAAAAUUCUGUCAAGCACAAACCAAAACCAAGAAUAAAGAAAAAUCUCAAAGGAGCCAAAGGAUAUGAUGAUAUUUACACCAGUGCAUGUUUAUAUAAUUGAAUGUAAUUGAAUCAAAGGGGUUAGAAAAACAAAAUUGUGAAAUAAGUGACACUGACAAGUCAUAUCUGCUAUUUAUCCAAUCACAAGCGAUCAGAGAACAAUUGGAUAUUAAUUGAUAUAAUUAUAUUAUAUAUUACGAAGCUGUUUAUUGAUGUUAUGGAUAAUAGCUGCUAUGUAUUAUUUAAAAAAAAACAAAAAAACAGGG